GGAUGUUAGUGUUUAUUUAUCAUUUUCAAGUUGUUUUGUUUUGUUACAAGAGCACGUCGAGAGCAUGUGCUUGCUCGUGUUCCGUUGAUUGUAUAAACAGAAAUGGAGCUCGAUGAAAGUAGUUGCAUUGCCAAAAUAAAAAAAUUGCCCAAAACAGAACUUCAUGCUCAUCUAAAUGGAUCUAUAAGUCAAAAUACUGCAAAGAAAUUAAUUGAUUUAAAAAAACUUAAGUCUGGAGACAAUAGCACUUUUGAUUUGAAUAUCCCCAAAUUAGCAUCAAAUGAUCUUCCUGGAUGCUUCGAGCUGUUUUCCCUUUUUCAUGAACUAACUGAUAGUCCUGAAGCAAUUUAUUUAGCAACAUGUGAUGUUAUCAAAGAGUUUUAUGAAGAUAACGUACUUUACUUAGAGCUCAGAACAACACCAAAAGCUUCUUUUGCUGGUCAUAUGACUCAGAAAAGCUAUGUGGAAGUAGUCGUGAAAGCAAUUGAAGACACUUGUUCGACUGUGUGCCAAAAAAUGACUGUGAAACUUCUUUUAUCAAUCGACAGAAAAAGGUCUGUAACAGAUGCUGAAGAAACAAUGAAGAUUGCAGAAGAAUACACAACCUCAACUACUAAAAUCGUUGGUGUUGAUUUAAGUGGUAAUCCUGUGUGUGAUGCUAGGCAUCUUUUCCCAGUACUUGAAUAUGUUAAAAAAGCUGGUCUCAACUUAACAGUUCACAUAUCUGAAGUGCCAAAUACAUUUGAAGAAGUGGAAGCCUUAUUAAAAAUUCAUCCUGAUAGAUUAGGUCAUGGAACUUAUCUGCACCCUAGCAAAGGGGGAUCUGAGAAGAAUUAUGAUUUGCUAAAACAGCUAAAGAUACCAUUAGAAGUUUGUCUCACAUCUAAUGUGAUCAGCAAAACUGUAGAAUCAUACGAAAGUCAUCAUUUUCCACUCUUCAGGGAUAUUGGUUAUCCAAUUGUACUAUGCACUGAUGAUAAAGGAGUGUUUGAUACAACAUUAUCGAAAGAAUAUUACCUGGCGUCCAAGUACUAUGGCUUGAUGGAAGAUGACCUUUUUAAUCAUUCCUUUAACAGUAUAAAUUACAUAUUUGCUACAGAACAAGAAAAAUGUCAAUUGCAAGAGCUUUGGAAGCAGCAAAAUAAUAAAAACAAUUAAGACCAACAUUGGAAAAAGAUGCAAGAAUGCUUUUAUAUACAUAUCUAUAUAUUUUAAAUAAAAAUGUUACUAAAAUAAGUGGUUCCUGAUUAUAGAAUUUGUUUUGGCAAUGGCAAGUUAGUUGAAAGAUUAAGUAAAAUUUCUUUAUCACCCAAUUUAAAGGGGAAAAUGUUAUACUGCUACUUUUCACACUAGAGAACACAUGAAAGUCUGCCAUUAAAAAAAAAAUCUUCAGUCACCUUAGUACUAUAUUCUUGCUGUGUAUAAAAUAAAAAAGCUUCAAAUCCUUUACAGAGUAGGUAAAAUGUUUCACAGUGAAAAGAUUUUCGGUUUCUAGAAUCAUUUGAAAACCUCGACAGACAUUUGUCAGUAUCUUUAUAUAUUAAUAGGCAAGCCGUUUUCUUUCGGUACUGAUUUCUCCUCUGUUUGUGAACCGAUUUCCUUCAUUCUUUUUUUGUUUGGUAGCUGUUGCCGAGUUUUAGUGUCAUCAAUAAAUUUUUUUGAAAUCGAACAAUUAACGGGAAUAUUAAUUAAAAACGCGUUUUCGUCCUAAAUGGCUCUUUCUACGCGAACGGAUGGUCCAAUUGUUUCGAAUUUGAUAUGGUUGGAAAGGUCUUUGAAAAAUACUCCUUACGAAGAAAUUGUCAGGGCUCCUAAGGUCCAACAACCUAAAUCCACUAGAAAAAAAGUUAUAAGCGUUUUUUAGUUGGCGAAACUCAAAAAUUUUAAUUUUAUACUUUUUCCAUUGUUGAAAUUCAUUGUUGGAAGCUUGAAACAUUAACUUUUAAUUCAUUUUUUAAACCACUUUUUUUACACGAAAACUGCAUUUUAGCGCUUCGAGUUUGGUAUGGUUGGAAAGAUCGUGAAAAGUACUUUAAAAAAUGUUUACCCCCCGUUUAUGGCUCAAAAAUGUUAAUUCGCUAAGAUGACUAGAAAAUGAGUUACAAGCAAUUAUAAGUUAGCGAACAUUCAUUUUUAUUUGCUAUUUCACGCGACAUAGUUAGUGUGAAGAACUUGCUGGAUAAUAUUAUGCGUUGCCAUUUCUCGCGUGAGCGUAAAUGAAAUUCUUACAUUUGUUUUCAUUAUUGAGGCUUAUACGGGAAUUUAAAAUAUUUUCAUUUUGAUUAUAUUUUUUUGCGAUUUGAUUAUUUACAUAAAUUAUUUUACGGAGUGAGGGAGGACUUUCAGUUUCGAGAAAAUUACCUUCUUUUCACAAUAAUACCUGCAUUUGCUAUCGCCAGCAACAAAUCUCAAGGUGAAACUUUUGAUAAAAUUGGCGUAUUAUUACGACGUCUAGUGCUUUUGCAUGGACAAUGGGGUUGUUUCCUUCGAAAAUACUACUUUAGUCACUAAAAUUGAUAGAAUAAGCAAAAAAAGAAAAACAUAGACCCAGAAAAUAUUUUUAUUUCUCCAACAGUUGUUUUUUAAUUAAUUUUUUUAAAUGUCCCGACUUCUCAAACAAGGCGUGGUCUUGAUGACGUCACAAAUGAUGCAUUUUGGUGCAUCUUUCCACCAGGGUUCCAUGUUAUGAAAAUC